UAGGAUUUUCUAUUAAAAAAAAAAUAAUAAAUAUUUAUAUUAUAAAUAUUAGAAUUAAAAAAUAUAUAAUUUUAAAAUGAAUAUAAUACCGUGUAUAGCUUGGGUAAAAAAAGGUGUUGCAUCAACAAAUCCUGUAAAGGUUGAAUUAACUCCAAAUGAAUUAGAGAAAAUCAUAAAACAAACUCAAUCUGAAUUACAAGAUGUUGAAAGUGAUUUAGAUGAAGAACAUAAUGAAAUUAAAGAAGAAAAAUAUAAAAUAGAUUCUCAACUUGAUAUAUCCAAAACAGAUGAAUAUAAUUUUGAUAAAUAUGAUGAAGAAUCAGGAGCUAUACAUUGUAAUAUUAAUAAUAUUGCAAUUAUUGAAAAAAAUGGUAAAGAUCCCUUUAUAACAAAAGAAGAUGAUGAUUCAGAAAAAGAAGAUGAUAUUAUUAAAUGUGAUGACAAUCUUAUAUUAGUAGGACAUGUUGAAGGAGAUGCUAGCAUUUUGGAAAUAUUUGUAUAUAAUGGACCUGAAGAUUCAUUUUAUUGUCAUCAUGAUAUAUUAUUACCAUCAUUUCCAUUAUGUAUAGAAUGGCUUAAUUUUGAUCCUUCAGAUUCAAAACCAAGUAAUUUAUGUGCAAUUGGUAAUAUGACUCCUAUAAUAGAAGUAUGGGAUUUAGAUUUAAUAGAUUGUUUAGAACCAAUUUAUAAACUUGGUUGCAAAGCAAAUAAAAAAAAAAAUCGAAAACAUAUUGGACAUAAAGAUGCUGUAUUAGAUUUAGCAUGGAAUGAAAAUUAUACACAUGUUCUUGCUAGUGGAUCAGUUGAUCAAUCAGUUUUGUUGUGGGAUUUAGAAAAUGGAAAACCUGUUAAUAAAUUUACUUCUUUUCAUGAAAAAGUUCAAUCAUUAAAAUGGCACCCAAUGGAAACUCAUCAAUUAUUAACAGGUUGUGCAGAUAAGAUAGUGAGAUUAUUUGACUGUAGGUAUGAAACUAUUAUAAAAUCAUGGGAAGCAUUAGGAGAAGUAGAAAAAGUAUUAUGGAAUUCUUUUGAUUCUAAUUAUUCCAUAAUUAGUACUUCUAAUGGAUAUAUACAAUAUAUAGAUAUCAGAAAAGAUAAACCAAUUUGGAAUGUAGAAGCUCAUACUCAAGAAGUCACGGGUUUAUCACUUAGUUCAUCAUGUCCUGGGCUUCUUGUUACUUCAGCAAAUGAUGGUAUUAUUAAAGUAUGGGAUAUUAUUGAAAAUACAAAACCAAGUGUUAUUUGGGAAAAAAAAACUAAUCUCGGUGGUUUAUUGUGUCUUGCACCAAAUCCUGAUGAACCUUUUGUAUUUUCUGCUGGUGGUGAUAAUAAAUCACAUAAUUUAAAAAUAUUUGAUCUUUUAAGAAUAUCAGAAAUACAUGAAAGGUUUCAAAAUCGUGUUCCAAAAAUUAACAUUGAUGAUAUAAAAACAGAAAUAAAAGAAGAAAUAAUGGAUGUGACAGAAAAUAUGGAUUCAAUGAUUUUAAACCCAAAUACAGAAAAUAAAAUGACUUAAAAAAAAAGGAAAUAAAAAUAUUUUAAGAAAAAAAAACAAGUUAAUUAAAUAAUGGAAAGCAUAAAUUUUGCAAAGAAAAUAAGUAAUGAAAUAAGGACAGAAAUAGAUUAAAAAUAUUGAAAUCGACGCUGUUUUUAGAAUGAAUGAAACACAAAAAACAGAAAAUAAUAAAAAAAAAUAGAGAUAGGAUAAGAAUUAAUCAUUAGCGCCAUCUUUCAAAUGUAUUUUUAAAAAUUGAUUUAAGAAACACCUAAAAGAUGGUAUUGAUCCUGAAUUCUUAGUUUAUCUUAUUCUAUUUUUAUCCUUCUUUUAAUAUUUUCUGCUUAUAUGUAUUUCAUUUGCGGCAUUCUAAAGAUGGCACUAAUUUCAAUAUUUUCUAUAUUUUAAUCUAUUUCUGUCUUUUUUUUUACUAUUUUUACUUGUCUAUAUUUGCUCUCAUAUUCUUGUUCAUACGAUAGAAGUACAAGAUACCAGUCGAACUUAUAUUCAUUAUUUUUCUUUUAAAACUACAAUAUGUUUCAAUCUUAAUGAAAUUAAAAUUAUAGAUAUUAAAUUCUCGACUUUAUGAUAUAUUAGAAUGUUAAGUUUGCAAAAUGUGCACAUGUAUUAAGAAUUUUUAAAUUUUUAAUACACGUGUAUUUUUAUAUACAUUCAAGACCAUAACUUGUAUAUAUUUUUUAUACAAAUAAAAUUUUAAAAAACACAUACAUUUUUAAAAGGCUAUAAA